GGUCUCUCUGCCCCCCCUCCCCCGACCCUUCCGUACAUCCACAGCUUCAGUUAGCGCACACAUAGCGGAACACGUUUGGCGUGGCCUUGCUGGCACCUGAGUGACCCUUGGACCCUUCCUGUUGACAUCCCUGUACCUGAGGAUCUGCCAGCCCCUCCUCCCCAGAUGUAGAGGGAGUUGUAAUCUUCAGCAGCCGUGUACACAAUUCUUGCGCUGUCCAGUGAAGUUGCCCACCAUGCGCGAGUACAAGCUUGUGGUGCUGGGGUCGGGAGGCGUGGGAAAGUCUGCACUGACAGUCCAAUUUGUGCAAGGCAUUUUUGUGGAGAAGUAUGACCCCACAAUAGAAGACUCCUACAGAAAGCAAGUCGAGGUCGAUGGGCAGCAAUGUAUGCUUGAAAUCCUGGACACAGCUGGAACUGAACAGUUCACGGCCAUGAGGGACCUGUACAUGAAGAAUGGCCAGGGCUUUGCUUUGGUGUACUCCAUUACAGCGCAGUCAACAUUUAACGACCUGCAGGACCUCCGGGAGCAGAUCCUGCGAGUAAAGGACACAGAGGAUGUUCCCAUGAUCCUGGUGGGAAACAAGUGUGACCUGGAGGAUGAGCGUGUGGUCGGGAAGGAGCAGGGUCAGAACCUGGCCCGUCAGUGGAACAACUGUGCCUUUUUAGAGACUUCAGCUAAAUCAAAGAUCAACGUUAAUGAGAUUUUCUAUGAUCUGGUGCGACAGAUCAACAGAAAAACGCCGAUGGAAAAGAAGAAGACAAAAAAGAAGUCAAGUUGCACACUGCUCUAAAUUGCCAUCCCACGAUAGCUCCAGGCCAGAAACUUGUAAUGAUUAACUGUUUCCCAGUGGAUCGUGCCAGCAUUCCAAGUCCUCUCCGAAGCAUUUUGAAAAAGGCUGACAGAGAAAUUUCACCACUCGCAAAAUGGCAGGAGACGGCACAUACUCUCAAGAAACUCUUUCUUUCUGCUCUUUAAUGGCAAAGAUAUCCACCUCUUCUUUUUUUACUGUCAGCCUGAUGACAACUGUUUUGUUUUUGUCCUCUUCUCCAAGUUGUCUUUCUUUUUGGAAAUAUCAAUAUAAAAGAGGAGACCUUGGAUUUAUAUCCAUCUAUGGGAACUAAAAUGUUUUAUUAAAAGUAACAUCAGAUAUUUGACACAUUGUGACAAUGCGUUCGCAAAAGUAUCCAUGUGAAAUGUUGGUCUUCUUGUACAUUUCUGCACUAACAGUGUCAAUGAAGAUGCAUCAUUGUCCAUAAAUUACUCGCUCCUACUUACAAGGAUGUGUAUUGAUGAAAUAACAUCUUUCCUAAGUGACUUUGUUUUAUAUCGAGAGCUGCAAGCCUUCCAUAUUUCCCAUAAUAUAUUCUACUUCCAUUUUUGCAUAAUAAAGCUAAGGAAAUUAGUAUUUUAUAGACUGAUGGGGGAAAUGGUGCGUUCUGAUUUGUGUCUUGAGGCUGAAAAUAUAUUGUACUAAACCAACUCUAAUAUCGCUUCUUGUGUUACCCUGUCACAGAUGAUUUUCCAGCUUUUAUGAAUGAUUAAAUUUUAGUACAUUUUCAUUA